AGCGCAUUCGCUGCCUCUGGACGCCCUGCGCUCUCUUUCGGAUAUGGCUCUCCUAGCUUUCGUUACCCUCGCUCUCGCUGCCGUCAACCAUGUUGCGGGCCAAAUAGACGAUCCUGCGUCUUUGGUCAACAUGUUCAUCGGCACUACUGCGGGAGGUCACGUCUUCCCAGGAGCAACCCUCCCCCAUGGACUCGCUAAACCCGGCAUGGACACCGAUUCUCCCGGAAAUCAAGCUGGCUAUGAUCGCGAUCCCCAAUUCAAUGUCGUAGGAUUCUCGCAGUUGCACGACCAGGGAACCGGUGGUGCGGCCUCGUUGUCCAACUUCAAAUUGUUUCCGAUCGCUUCCUGCAACAGCUUCGAGGAAUGCCAAACGUCUGAAAACGGACGCAAGGUCCUUCGCAAAGUACUGAGCAAUGGCCUCCCCGACGACAGCGCAUCGCCAGGAUAUUUCUCCACCAAUCUCACAACGGGCAUUCGCGUGGAGCUCACCGCUACACGCCGAACCGCUCUUCAUCGCUACACUUUUCCGGCCAGUGUGACCCAGCCGCGCAUGGUAGUUGACAUCUCCAACGACGGACUCCAGAGCAGCACUAUUCCUAUCAUGACGCUCGACCCCAACACCUCGCGUGUUGUCGGUGGAGCGGAAUUCCAAGCCAGCUUUGGUCCGGGACGCUAUAGCGCCUUCACAUGCGUGGACUUCAAAGGAGACGGUUUUGACCUCGGGCCUCCUACGGAGUUCGGGACGUGGUUGUCAAACGGCCCCAUACUAGGCAUGACGAACAUCAGGCAGCAGUAUCGCGGUUUCAGGGACGAACUCGGCGCUUUGUUCACCUUUUCCCGUCCGGCUGGUUCUGAUCCCAUGACCGUGCUCGCACGCGUCGGCGUGUCCUUCAUCUCCACUGACCAGGCCUGCGCCAACGCGGAAUCCGAGAUCCCGGACUUUGACUUCGAUAGCGUCAGCACAGCCGCGCGCGCGGCAUGGAAUGAUAUACUUGGUCGCAUACAAGUAAAUACUACAGGAGUUGCAGACAACAUUACGUCUCUGUUCUAUUCGUCCCUGUACCGGACCCAUGUCGUUCCCGCUGACUACACGGACGAAAAUCCGCGCUGGACAUCGACCGAACCGUACUACGAUUCCUUCUACUGCAAUUGGGACACAUUCCGUUCAUUGUUCCCUUUAAUGUCUCUGCACGACCCUGUCAACUUCGCCCGGAUUGUGAGAGGGAUGAUUAACAUUCAGCAGCAUGAAGGAUGGCUUCCUGAGUGUCGUGGAGCAACCGUUCAGCAGUGGAUUCAAGGCGGCAGCAAUGGUGAUCCGAUCGUUGCCGAACUUUUCGUGAAGUACCCGAACCACCUGGACGCACUCAAUGUCUCUGGGGACGCUCUAUACGCAUCACUCCUGGCGGACGCCGAAGAUCAACCUCCGGACUGGGAUUUGCAGGGCCGACAGGUCAACAUUUGGAAGUCGCUGGGCUACAUCCCAUCGGACGUCACCGAGCCUAGCGGCACGAACUCCAAGCAGGUCUCCCGCACGUUGGAAUACGCAUUCAAUGACUUCAGCAUAUCCCAAGUUGCUAAACUCAUGAACAAGUCGUCAGACGGGACCAAGUACGCCCAACGCGCCGGAAACUUCGAUAACGUCUGGAAUCCAAGCAUUACCGUCCCCGGUGCUCCCUCGACGGUGAAGGGCAUGGUGCAGCCUCGCUUUGCCAAUGGCACGUUCAACUUCACGGAUCCGAGGCAUUGCAGUGUCAACGAUCCUCUUCACGCGACAUGUUUUUUGAAUGCACAAAACCACGACGGUUUUUACGAGAGUUCGCCUAUAGUGUAUUCGCAGUUUGUACCCCAGGAUACCGCCAAGCUCAUCGAACUGCAGGGAGGGCCGGACGAUUUCAUCUCAAGACUCGACUUCAUCUUCAAUCAGAGCUACUUUGAUGUCACUGACGAAAUUUCGCAACAAAUCCCGUACCAAUACCAUUACGCAAAUCGCCCCGGCCUCAGCACGCAAAGAUCGAGACAAAUCAUCGCGCAGUCGUUCAACACAUCCGACAAUGGUCUACCGGGAAAUGAUGAUUCUGGUGCUAUGGGAAGCUUUGCCGCGUUUUUCCUCGCAGGAAUGUAUCCUGUACCUGCUACGCGCCAGUAUCUCCUGUCCUCGCCGUACUUCCCCAAGAUCUCAUUCUUCAACCCUCUUUUCAACACCACGACGACCAUAAUAAGCACCAAUUUCGAAGGAAACCCUGCCGACGGCGUUGGAGGCAAGGUCUUCGUAAAGAAUGUUACAAUCGAUGGAACACCGUGGAAGAGUAACUGCUUCAUCGAGUGGGAUGCCUUUGAGCAAGGUGCUACAAUCGAGUUGGAGCUCACAACGGAUAUCACGCAAGGGUGUGGGCCGACCGCUGACGCCUUGCCACCAUCACUCAGCACAGGUGGCUUCGAUUAGAAGCGAUAUCAAUGUCACAUUUACC